CAAGGAAGAACACCGUUGACAUAUGUAGAUGUAUUUUUCUUCCUUUGCGCUUCGAUUUUUUAUUAGUUGUGAUUGCUUCUUUAUCCGCUAGAGAGGACUGAAACAAUUUUGUCGAGUUUGUGGAUCUGACGUGCCAGGAUGAAGCGAAUGGCUGCACUCAUCAGACAAGUUUUGUCAGCUCAUAGGCUUGAUGUCCCAAAUACCUCUGCUAUUUGUCCUUCCACUACGUGGGCCCGUGCACCUCCAUACGCUCACCAUGCACGGUACCUGGCUGUUAAACAGGGAGGAGAGCAUAACAGUGGUCAGAAGACAAGUGUGAAAUCAUUGAAAGUGGAGAAACAAGAGAAGCAGGAGGUGGAGAUCAAACAGUUUAUGACUGUGUCGGAACUUGCACAGGCAAUGAACAAAAAUAUAGAUCAUGUAUAUGAAGCCCUACUCAACACGUCAGUAGACCUAGAUGAUCUGGAGCCAAACACUAUGUUGGGGGAGAAGUGGAUAAAGGAGGCAAUAAAGAGAUGUGGAAUGAAGUACAAAUGGGCCAAGGUAGUGGAAACCAAAAUCAGAGAAAACAAGGACAUCCAGAGACAACCUCCUCCAGAUCUUGCUCAUUUAGUGAAUCGACCUCCAGUAGUAACCAUUAUGGGGCAUGUGGAUCAUGGGAAGACCACACUGCUGGACAGCCUUAGGAAGAGCCAGAUUGCUGCACAAGAGGCUGGAGGCAUCACACAACACAUUGGAGCCUUUCUAGUCCAGCUGCCCUCUGGUGAGAUGAUCACAUUUCUGGACACCCCUGGACAUGCAGCAUUUUCUGCCAUGCGGGCCCGUGGAGCCCUGAUUACAGACAUAAUCAUUUUGAUGGUUGCAGCUGAUGAUGGAGUGAUGAACCAAACCAUUGAAUCCAUACAGCAUGCCAAGAAAGCCAAAGUGCCAGUCAUUGUAGCAGUGAAUAAAUGUGAUAAGCCUCAGGCAGACCCCAAGAAGGUGAAACGUGAUCUCCUGGCCCAUGAUGUUGUGUGUGAAGAGUUAGGAGGAGAUGUUCAGGCUAUCCAUAUAUCUGCUUUGAAGGGAGAGAAUCUUUUGGAGCUGGCUGAAGCCAUAGUAGCACUUGCCGAGGUGUUGGAGCUGAAGGCUGACCCCUUAGGCCUCACAGAGGGCACCGUCAUAGAAAGCCGUACAGACAAGGGCAAAGGACCUGUGACCACAGCGAUAAUUCAACGGGGUACUCUGAAGAAGGGCUGUAUACUGGUGGCAGGGAAGGCCUGGGCUAAAGUGCGCUUGUUGUUCGAUGUGAACAACAAAGCGGUGGCAGAGGCGGGGCCAGGCACUGCAGUGGAGAUUGUUGGUUGGAAAGAGCUACCUUCUGUUGGCGAGGAGAUUCUUGAAGUGGAGUCAGAGCAAAGGGCUCGGGAAGUGGUAGAGUGGCGUACGUACAUGGAGGAGCAGAACAAGCUCAAGGAGGACCAGAGAGCCAUUGUGGCUAACCAGAAGCAGCACCAAGAGAGCUAUAAGAAAGAGAAGGAGAGACUAGCCCAUCUCAGUUGGAAGCAGAGAAAAGCUGUUCUAUACCGGGCCAACAAGCAUCGCAUGGCCUGCAGACCCAGUGAGAGAGCCGAGACUGAGGAGCUCAGUCUAUCUCUUAUUGUCAAGGGUGAUGUUGAGGGCUCAGUGGAGGCCAUUUUGAACAUCCUUGAAAGUUACGAUGCAGAUGAACAGUGCCAGCUGAACAUAGUGCAUUUUGGCGUUGGAGACAUCUCAGAAAAUGACAUUAACUUGGCAGAGGCAUUCUCAGGAACAAUAUACAGUUUUAAUGUUGCAGCUAAUAAAUCAAUUCAAGAUAUAGCUGCUAAGAAGCAAAUACCCUUAAAGAUGCAUCGUGUCAUCUACCAUUUGAUAGAUGACCUGAAAGAAGAACUUGGCAGCAAACUUCCCCCAACCACUGAAGAGAAAAUAAUAGGAGAGGCUUCAGUUCUGGCCACAUUUGACGUAACUGUAGGAAAGAAGAAGGUACCUGUGGCUGGCUGCAGGGUUCAGAAGGGCCAGCUGGACAAGAAGAUGAAAUUUCGACUUAACAGAGGAAAAAAGAUUCUCUGGGAAGGUUCUCUGACUGCACUAAAACAUCACAAGGAUGAUGUACAGAUUGUGAAGACAGGCAUGGAGUGCGGUAUUUCUUUGGAUAAGGUCAUUGAGUUUAAUGUUGGAGACGAAAUAAUCUGUUAUGAGGAGAUUGAAAAACCACAGAGAAUAUCUUGGGAUCCAGGGUUUUAAAGGACUGUCUAGAAAAACAGGGAAAUCCUCAGCCUCAAGGAGACCACUGUUGCCUACAAAACAUUGUUGCACGUGUCAAAGUAUUCAAAAAUGUUUGGUAGGUUCUCCAGAUUUCACUGACUACUUGAGUGUAAUGUAGUUAAUGAUUAAAAUAAAUUUGUAAGAAUGCAACAUUUUUUCCCAAGUAACCUUCCAUGCUUGGAUUGUUCAGGUCAUCCUGAAAUGCAACGCAAAAUCAUGUUUUAUUUCAAUUGAGUGAGGGUAAAAUUCAACAUGGGCAGAAUCAAACUAUUCUAUAUUUAUUAAGUGAACUACUUUUGUUGAAUAGUAUGCUCAUAUAUGUGACUAAAGCAUAUGCCCCUUGUUUUUAUUGAUGUUUUGCUUUCAUUUCAUUUUGGCUCAGUUAAUGUGUGGUCAUGGAAAGAAUGCAGUGAACAUGCUUUGUUAUAAGUUAUGCUUGUCAAAAAUUAGGAGCAUGACAAAAAUAUUCUUCACAUUUUAAUGCAUUGUACUUUUUGUAUUGCAAUUUCAUAUUAGCAUGGAUAAUCUUCCAUGUAUUAUGUGAAUAACAUGCAUUGUCAGCCAAAGGCACUUUAUUCUGCUCAAUGGCCCUGGGGCAAUGUCAGUCUUUCAGGAUUGUAGUAAUCAAAAAUGUUCCAAAGCUUAUACGUUUUGUCCUAUGGACAUUCUUCUCUCAAUUAUUACUGGAUUUAAAACAAUUUGUGUUUUUAAUGUUAAUUCAGUACAGACUCUCUAUACUGUAAUACACCCUGAUAAGCUGAUUUAGGCUAUCAAAAUAUCCUAAUUAUUCUUUUAAUGAUGGAAACAUUUUCAGAUAAGAACAUUUUUCAGGUUCUUGUUCAUUUUUAUUUGGUGCAGGAAACCUUAAAUGGUUUUGAAGGUGGAGCAGUUAUUAUGGGAAAUGGAAAAUUCUCUACCAUUUAAGGUGGAAUGGAAAAAUCUUAUCAAUAAAAGGCAGAUUUCAGCUUCAUAGUUUCAAAGCAGGUAGUAUUUUUUGAUAAGGUGAUUUAAGCUAUCAAAAUAUCCUAUCUAGAUAAAUAUGCCCUACAGUAGGACAUUUCAGUAAGCUUUACUUUUGUCUUGCUUAGUGACAUCAAACUGAUGCCCAGCAGCAUUAGCUUGCAUGUAGCAAUAUUAGUCCUAUGACUGUUUAACGACUUCAUAAUUCUGAGGAUCCAGGGAGAAAAAUGUACACAGGACAA